CAGUCAUCUUUUUUUCGAGUUUUCUUUCUUUCAGCUUUUGAAGGAGGAGAGCAGUUACUCUGACUUAGACUGGUUCUGCUUGUGCUCGUCCUUCUACACAACUAGCUUUCAUACCACAUCGUGCUUACUGUACUACAGCUGCCAUUGGCUAUUUUAUCGACGCCUCCUCGUACACUACUUUCUUUGGACAGUUUUGAAGUUCUUUGAGUUUCCUAAAUCACGUUGACACUAUGCAGCGCUGCAAUUACAACAGAGUCGGAGAUCCGCCUUUUACCAAGCUCUCUGCAGCAGAGAAGCUGUAUCAGCUAGAAAUCAUCAAUGCCAGGAGUGGCAUGAUCAAGAGUGGAAAUUUAUCCUGUGCAAAAGUAUCGCACUCGUAGUAAUUGCAGUCAUGCAUUACAAAUUUUUUCCCUAAGGUAAACCCGCAUGACAAAUUUUGUUUCCCAUGCUGAGGAAGUUUGUAAUGCAUGUAAUGCAUUUAUACGAGUACGAUACUACUUUUGCAAUGCAUAAAAUUUUACGCACUACGAUUACGAGCCAGAGCUCGGUACAGACGAGACAGUCAGAAGAAACCUGGAAUCAAUCCAGCAGAGCGGUUUUGCGUCUCGCUUGCAAGCACAAAUUGAGCUUGAUAAGAGCUUUGCCGAGAGAACCCUUGUGCUGCAGCAGCAGUUACUGAACUUGCACGCAUUUCAACUCUACUCCAGGGCCGCCGGCGGGAAUGCUGUUGGUGCCAGCAAAGUUGCCACCGCGGGGGCAGCUGCCACUGGCGAAACAAUUGCAGCAUCUACAACCGCCGGAGCUGCAUCUGCUGUAACAAUGCCCGCCGCCCCCGUUGCAACCACGACGAGGACCUCCAGCAAAGGCGGUGGAAGUAAAUACAACUCCGGAGCAGGUGGUGGGAUGAAGUGGGCCUCUACUUCCGCAUCAUACAACAAUUCCGCUGGGAAAGGCGCAGCUGGUUACAACAACCACGACUACUAUGGCUACGGUUGUAACGUGGCUGGAGUGUCGAGUAAGGGGUACAACUACGGAGGUGGACAUCACGCGGUCAACACGGGGCCGAUCACGAAAGGAACAACAGGAGGUGGUUCUUAUCACAACUCCUACUACAACACGAAUACAGGCUUGUACAGUACUGCAGCUGCUGUACAUCAUCAUGACCACACCAGCGGCAAUUAUGGAGGUGGUGAUCUUCACUACGGAGGUGGUAACGGCGCAGCUGCAGCGGCGUACGGCAGUUACUACGGAGGUGAUCUUCACGGGGGAACAAGCGGAGGUGGACUACAUCAGUACGGCACAGCGGGAGGUGACUACGCAAUAAACGCCACCACAGGAUCUACUGCCGCAGCUUCCGCCUAUUACCACAGCCAGUACCACGCAGGAGCAGCAGCUUCAACGGCUGCUGCUCUUUCCGCUACCCGCACGUAUUCCUCUCACUCCCAAGCCAGCAACACUGGUGUCGGCGGUCAGGGUGCAGCAGCUGCAGCCGCGCAACAUCAAGCCGAUUCAUCAUCAAGCGCGGCAGGAGGAGCCGUCGACACAUCAGCAGCUAUCAACCCACUGACUACCGUACCUCAGGCCCACCCCAUGGUCCCGCCGCCUGUCCAGAAGCACGCGCCGCCACCGCCGCCACCGAAAUCGAAGGAGGACUCGGACGAGAAUUCCAGUCCGAAGAAGGCGGAGUCGAUGAAGAAGAAGCAACCGAACAAUCCGAAAGCGGCGAGUGUUACGGGCAUCCCCCCGACUAUGACAGUGCACAACUCCCCCUCCCUUUUUUUUUGUAUGGCAUGAACGGCAAUACAAGCAUCAGCAAGAGUGCCGGCUUUGCAUCACAAAUUUGCACGAGAGUGUAGCGCUAUUUGGGCUGCCAGAACUUGUCAUGCAAAAGUGCCAAGAGGCCAAGGGUGGAUUUGGUAUUUUGCAUUACAAAUGAGGGACAGAGGGGGUUGUGCACUGUCACACCGCCGAACACGGGAAUCAUCAAGCAGUUGUCGCAAUCUUUGGACCAACAGAAAUUGAUCAAGCAAACGACCAACGUGUGCCUGAACACGAUCUCCCCGACGGAACUGCAGAAGUUGCUGAAGAAGAACGGGAACCCGUUGUCCUUGUCAACAAACUAUCCACUGCAAAAGUAUCGUACUCGUAUGAAUUGCAGGUAUGCAUGACAAAUCUGGUUUCCUACCCAAAUCUGCAUUACAAAUUCCAAUUUUCUUUCUGAUAAAUUUUGUCAUGCGAUUUGUACUAGUACGAUGCUUUUGCAAUGCAUACAAACAGCGUGGAUUUUAUCAAGCAGAAGGGGGGAGAUUCCUUCGUCGAGCCCAGUCCGCUGGACAUGAAAAUCGCACAAAGCAGCGAUCCGAGAAUGAAAGCGUUGAGGGAGAAGGUAUAGGUCUGGUUGCUGGUUACAUUUGAUGCAUGUAGAUAAGACGACCACAACGUUGAGAAAUGAUGGGACUGCGUUUAUAUGCAUGUUUCACAUGAUUGGUUUUAGGAUUUAGGUUUUCCUAUUCCCACCCGUUUUUUACCAUGACAACAAUUUGUGCUUUUGACGUCGUUUUUUUCAGGUCGCCAAAUCAAACGACCCGUCGCUGCACCAGCUAAAGCAGCACAUUCAAGUGAUGGACGCUAGUUUUGGAAAAAAAGAGUCGCCGAAGGUAGUGGAACGAAAAGACUACACGAAAAUUCAGAUGGAGAAGGAGAAAAUGCGGAAGAGCGGACGGCUGGUUAGUAAUGCAGCUUCAAAGUCGAAGAAAACUGGAUCUGGUUCGGCGAGUACCAGUGCCGUCCUCGCGGCGCCACCGUCGCAUAAAUCCGGAGCGUCGACGACUACAAAUCGGAAAGCAACCUCCAAUUCAGCUGCAACUGGGACUACUACAACUUCUACGACCAAACGCUCGUCAACAAAUAACACAGCGGCUACGUCGGCGGGAACUACGACCACCAGCAAGAAGAAAACUAGUGAGCAAAGAGCCUCCGAUCUGAAGAAAUCAAAGACGGCUGCACUGAACACGACGGCAGUUGCAACAAAAAAGACUACCGGAGCUGCCGCAAGCAGCAACGCCGCCUCAUCGGAACAUCAAAGCAAUCUGAUUUCCCCAUCCUCCGGGCGAGGAGAAGCGGCGGAGUUAUCCGCAGCAUCUUCUUCGCAAUCGGACGCCGGCAAAUCUUCACCGUCGCAGGAAUCUUCCGGCGCUUGUAGUUCCGACGAUAAAUCUCCGGUUUCGCAAGUAGAUUCGCAUGACAAAUCGCCGUCGCAACAAUCCUAUACGAGUUUGAAUCAGACCACGGACGAGGAAAUCAUCGAAUCGCCAAAGCAGGAACAGGGUUCUUGUGGUGGAAAAUCAUCGAGUGAACUUCUGGAGUCGUGCGGACGAAAUCGCAUCGACGAGACCGAGAGCAACUACCCAGUGACGCAAAAGUCCGUCAGUGCGCCACCAGCUGGAGCAGGACCACCGUCGUGCACGAGCACCACUACAGCAAACAACACGAGGACCACGACUAGUACUACUGCACCAGGCAAGCAGGAAGCCAUGCAAUCGGACCCAGAACAACUGCAGCUGAAUACCACGGCGACGAAAAAAUUCAUCUCCCGUAAGAACUCGACGAUCAAAGCCAGCCCACUGGGCGCUUCGAUUUCCACCAAAGCCAGUCCGUUGGACUGCACGAAAUCGAGCCCCCUGGGAACAACAGAUUGUUUCUCCGCAGACGAUUUGUUAACCGUGACGAAAUCUUCUCCGGACCCGUUGACCACGACCUGCAAGACCGUUUUGAUCCACAACUCGGACGAAAAAUUGAUCUUCAACGACGUAGUUGUCACACCGGAUUUGCUCGAAGGCGAAGGGACGAAGAGUUCCAAAAAACAACCCGUUGUGAUGAAAACCACACCAACGCCGAAGAUAUCAUAUGUAAAAACGUACCCACCCCAUAGUCAAGAUGGGGAAUCGGCUAGACAAAUCCACAAGUUUUGGCUGUUUUGCAUGACAAACAUGGACUCGUAGUGUAGUGCUGUUUGAGCUAGCUGAGCAGCAUCACAGAUCUAGCACACCAUGCUGAUUGGAGCAUGACAAAUUCCAAAUCACGACUAGAAAACGCUUCUCAUGGGGCUCCGAAUGAGAAACAUUUGCAGCAUGCAGAAUUGCAUUACAACUAUGGGGCGGGGACGUUUUUGAAAACGAUAGAAGAAGGUUUUGGUUUUACCGGACAGCCCGGUCGCGCCGAGGGUAAUUUAUCGAACGAAAAAAGUGUUACAGUUACACAUUUGUUGUCAAUUCAGCGAACACAAAUUUCUCUGCAUGAGAGAGAAAACUUGCAAUGCAGAAAUCCUACGGGAAAAUACCUAUGAAAGGAGGCUCCGAUGCAUAUCCGGCAUGACAGAGCUUGUCUGUCUUGCUUGGCCUGCAACACAAUGUGUAACUGUAACACUUUUUUCUUGCGAUAUAAUUCAUGCGAAGACUAGUACACAAAGCAGCGCGCCAGCAUCGGGUAGUUCUGCAGCUGCUGCUGCGGCAACAUCGUCCCACCACCAGAACUUCUUGGGUAUCACAGUAGCUGCAACUGCAUCGAUCGAAAUGAAGAAUGCUUUCCAUGAUCCUGUCGUGCUGUCAUCCUCUGGGACGACAACUGGUGAAAAAGCGGUUUUUCUCCAAGAGGGACAGGAGCCAGACCAGCACACGACAGAACCGCAUAACCUGGUCCCGGAAGAUGAGGCAUCAUCAAAAACCUGUGGCGCCAACACCACAACCGGAGGACAGACUACUUCUGCUUCAUCACAGGCUGAGAUGAAACCGCAAAGGAGGUUGGUUUUGAACCGCACCCGCUCUCCGAACUACGGGUCUGCGGAGAUAAAAUCCGUUGAUGGGAACGAGAACGUGAUGUCGUUGGUCGAGACGAUGAGAAGCCGGGAGGAAGCAGUCGAGAAGGAGGCACCAGCUGCUCUAACUACUGCUGCUGUAGAGCCGGAAGCCGCGGCUGCAGCCGACAGCACCACCACGACAACCACCUCCCCUUCGGACGAAAUGAAGCUCGACGAGUUGCAAGUUUUAGACUCUUUGCAGUCCGAAGUGCGGAAAGAAUCUGAAGUGCGCACCAUAGUUGGGGAUGCGAGUAGAAAUUCGACUUCUAUAUAUGAUGUUCAAAGUGAAAGUUUACUUUUUCAGUUACAGUUUCUUGUGAUUUUGUCGAUGAGACGAGUGUGAGUGUCCACGACCUUGCGAAAAAACAAAACUCGAAUCUUGAGGCGCCGUUGCUACCGAGGUGCUUCCCCAAAUCGACGACCAACUGCGCUAUUCGGGCGUUCUGAAGCGCUUCAUGAAGGAGCAUGGGCACGGUACUUGACACGACCCACGAUAUUUCCUUGUAUGCAGCAAGAUUUUUGAUUACGGAAGACGACGAGUCACGAGAGCAUCUGAUAAGUGAAAGGUGGUCUUGUUCUUGUGCACAAAAAUAUACACACAAAACGAAAACAUUCUUACCCUAUCAGGUUUUCUUCGCUGCCGUGAGCUUUACGCACAGACCGGCCGGGAUGUGUACGUGAGACUCCAAGACUUGCCAAAAAGCGGGGAGGGCGUGGCCAUUGGACAGGUAUCUGUAAUGAUCGUGUGUUUCUACACUUCUUUAACUUGGCGAAAUUUGUGAAGCACUUUGUACCUGUGCGCGUGCUGCGGGACGAGAUUUGUAUUGCAUAUACUGCAUCAACAGGUUUUCGAAUUCAAUGUCGUGGGGUCGGCGAUGAAGUACGGACAACUCCGAGCGACGAACAUCUCCCCGAAGGCCACGUUGCCCAUCCCGGCCUCGACGUCCGCAGGGGCAAAGGGGAACGGGAAGAAAGUUGCGCUUUGGAUGGGAACCCGGCGGAAGGGGAGCUUUGCUUGCGAUAGUGAUGAAGGUAUGAUUUUUAGUUCACAGUGCUUGUUGGGAUACUUCAAUAAAUUUGUGGUGUUCUUGUUCUUGUGCAUGACCAUUCGUGGUAGUAGUUCCUGUCUCUGCAUGACAAAAUAAACCACAAACAAAUUGUUCGUGAAAAAACCAAUCAGGUAGCUGUUCCAACAGCAGCCCAGAACGGCCUCCGAUCCAGCAACACAGAAUCGGCAACUACUACGGGCUCACGCAGAGCUACGAAAGCUACUACACAGCCCAGUACGCCGCGUCCGCACGACAAAACGCAGCCCAGCUGCAACAACAGCAGCAAUUACAUCAUGCGCAACAACAGCAGAACAUGAAUCACAGCAACGUGUCCGCGUCGUACCAGAAGCACACUUUCCAACCAAACAGUCGAAAGAACAGCAUCAGUAUGACCAGUUCGGCGGAGGAGUUCGUCCCAAGCAAGUACCACAGUUACAAUGGCGAAGAGCACAAGUAUGGGGCGAGCAAAUACGGUGGAGGAAAUAGUAGCCAUUUGCACCAUAAUUCCUGGUCCUCGUACAACCGGGCCGCCGCUGGGUCGUCCAACCAUGGUAGUGCUGCUGCUACUGCGGCGGCCACGAAUAACUCCGGAAAUGCUGCAGACCACUACAUGAGCAGCGCCAGCAGUGCGUUCUACGGCUACAACGCGAGCUGGGACCUGAGCGACUCCUGGGAUAGCGCCUACAACUACGCCGGAAGUGGGGCGGGGGGUGCUGCUGGAGCGUCCGCGACGGUGGCAGCAGCCGCUGCAGCAGCAGCUGUUGCAGCCUCUACGACAAGAACAGUCACCACUAGUACGACCGAGGGACACGCUACGAGCACUGCAAGCACGAAUCAGCUCGCGGAGAGCGGAAUUCUGGUUCGGGCGACGAGCACAGGCGGGGCGAGUAGCUACACGAUGGAACAUGACACCAGUUUCACUGGAGGAGUUUUUGACCAGCAGCUGCGGGCAGUGUAGUGGCGGGGGCAAAGUGUUUCAACGAGAGGAACUGCAUGCAAGAACUGUACGAAAAUUUACAAAAAUCGACUGUUUUUCAUUUUAAGAUUACUUUCGAAGGAGCAUAAUUGCAAGGAUUGUUUCAGGUUUUUCUUACGACGUUUCUAUUUCGUUUCUUGAUCUUAUGUAUGAUCGUUAUCCAUCGCUAUGAUAAGAAAGUAGGUAGUUGUUUCUUCCUCGAGUACUUGUCUUCAAAAAUGUAAGACCAACGAAUGCACUUUACGAAAUGAGAUCAUUUUUUGAAUCGAUAGAAUAUAGAUGCAGCUUGUCCUGGCAGCUUUGCGUAUUGAUGUUCCAUCUACGGAAACCGAAACUCGUUUUGGGUUUUCAAAGUUGGGCAAAGCUGCCUACGGAUGAUUACGGUUUUUCAUUUCACGAAUGAACCCGCCUACUGCGUUUAUGAUGGAUGCAGAAGUUGAAAGGUUUUUAAAAAAUGCACUCGCCUGGCAGUAGUUUCACAGCCAGAAAGCUAUACUUCAUGAAUAAGGGUUUCUUCUUUGCUAGCUUUAUUUUUGAAUGCCUGAGCAGGGUCGUGAUGCUGAUGCCAAAGCCAAACCCAAAACUCCCAAUCGAUAUCGAAUGAGCUGUGCCUGUGCGAUAAAAAAGAAAAAAUCUAACGAACUCUGGUGAUGAACUAUCUAGGUCAACUUAUGAUGUUUUUACUUCGGAAUCGAAUGAAAAUUGUUUUACAUCCUUGUAGAAAUUGAGAAUAAAGUACCGCAAGUGCGUAACACCGGAUGGUUAAGAGAAUUAACAGUAUCAGAAUCAGAUUUCACUCUCACCUACGAAAACCACACAAGCAACAAGAAGAUGCAGUCGAAUGAAAUAGCAAGUGAUAAGACAGGUCGUUGCUUCUCUACCACUGGUCUAGUUCUAUUGACUGGCCGCUCGAGACUUGGAACUAUGUUAGGAUUGUUGAAAACGGUUUUUUCUCAAUAUGAAUGUGAAUCAAACUCCAACAGAUAUACUGACCGAUCUAAAGGUAAAGUGGAGGUGGGACCAUCCGGAC